UCAGUACCACAGAUGGGACAAGACAGGUUUCUUUGUCUGAUUAAAAGUCACGUGACUCAGGCCAGAGUGCAGCCUACUCUCCUGUCCGAUCAAGUGGAUCCCUUGUUUCGGGAGCCCGGGAUAUUAUCUGGCUACCGGCCCUCCGGACAGGGGUUUAUUUACUAUAUCGCUAGCAUUCUUCAUAUUCACAAUGAGACAGUCAAUAUAUGGACACACCUUGUAGGCUUUUUCCUCAUCCUGUAUAGAUGGCUGAGCCUACUUUAUGACCCAGCCUCCAGCUCAGAGUUCCUCCCCGUCAUUACUGCUUUCAGUCUGUGCUGUCUGGCUUAUACAUUCUGUAGUACCUUAGCUCAUACGUUACAUUCCAAGUCCCCCGACAUCCAUUAUCUCUGCUUCCAGAUAGAUUAUGCCGGAAUAGGCUUCUAUACCCUGGGUUGUAGUAUAUACGUAUUUUACGUCAGUUGUUAUCACCAGUAUUUCGUCUCCUUGCAGUGUUACUUUCUUCCGUCCGCGGUCAUCAUGAGCACAACUGGGUGUCUGUGCUGCUGUAUCGCUAAACUUAAAUACACACGACCAUAUCCAUUUCGGAGAAAACUGUGGCAAUUAUUUUCCUUCGGAACACAGACCGUGUUGGUGUUUUUCCUCGUGGCUCCUAGAUACGCUGACUGUGCCAGCGAUCCCGAGUGUCAUCUGAGCUCACUAAGUCACCAUUCUAACGUCGUGGCUUUUAUAACUACCUCUGUGUUUUUCUUCUCCAGUCACGUUCCAGAUAAACUCAUUCCAGGCAAGGUUGACAUUAUCGGACAAGGACACCAAAUUUUCCACGUUUUAUGCGUGGUGGGAACUCUGCUGCAAUUCGACACAAUCGUGUGGGAUAUAAAACACCAUGCGACAAUGGAGAUGGUUCCCAGUACAUCGGCUAUAUGUAUUGCCAUGUUUUCUUAUCUUAUCCUUGUAAUAUGCAUUAUUUACACACUCCGUCCAUUUGUUGCAGAUAGGAUACAAAAGGAUGUGAUGUUCAAAGGCCUUCUAAACAAUAAAUUACAAUAAACCAUUUAUACACCAUACGAAUGAUUUUAUGCUUCCUUCAUCAUUAAUGCCA